UAUUGAGGAGAUAUAUAUACACACAUACAGAGAGCAUGAGUUGGUCAGACAACUCCCACUUGUUCAUGCUCUCAGUGGCAAUAUGAUCUUUUCUGUCUUGUUAUCUAUCCCUUUCUUAAUGAUUCCCAACAUUCUGUUCACUUUUUUGACUGCCACUGCACAUUGAGUGGAUGCCCGCAAGCUUGUCUCUCUUGCCAACAGAAGUUGGGCACAUAAACAAUAAUUAUCUCACCCACCUUGUCUCUAAUAUCCUGGGACUGACACGGCUACAACACUGCAUACAUGCAUACAUGAAGUGUGAUAUGUAACAUGAAGUGCAGGAGUUUGUUCUGCCAAAGGAAGCUGUGUUCACUGGCUUCUCCCGCAACCAUCUCCAUAUACGUGGAAUGGCCUCCUAUUGCUGGGCACAGGGGAAGGGGGCAGGAACAGAAGAGUCUCAUUGCUCCUGCCUCCUAUUUUCACUCGCCAAUGGUGAGGAUGAGAAAAAAUGCUUUGUUUCCACCUGCUUUGGACUAGUGGCACCUAGGCCCCUGUCUUCAGACCUGUCUCUCAUGGAGAGAAUGAGAAGACAUCCCUGUGCUUCUCCCCCUAUUUCAUUGAGAUGGAGGCCACAUGAAGGGUGUGGAGUAUUUGUCGAGUGUAAAGAAGGGUGGUGUUCCAUUAAUGUUGGUACGGAUUGUGUAGAUGAUUCCUAGACACAACUCAUGAGCAAGUAUAAGCAAAACUCAGGAGUGACUGGGUGUGGGGAUGCUCAUGCACAGCCUAUAAAAACUGCAGGAUCUGCCGUGGUGUGCCCUGAAAAGUGAUCAGUGCUCCUCUCCUAGGCAGCACAUUAACCACAGACUGAGCCAGUGCUCAUUGUCUAUGCAUGAAUCAUUGCAGGAGUAGCAAAUAGCCUUCACAUGUCACCAUCCUCUCAUGUUCGCCCUCAGUCCCCCACACCAAAUACGCAGACAUGUGGGUUGAGAAGACUGAAAUGCCAAGACCUUUACAUUCCCUUUCUGCUCCUUAUUGGAUGCCCUGUAAUAUUUGUGUAUGUAACUGAACCUGUGUAAUUUACUGUAUUCAACUGUUAUUCAAUCCUCCCUUCAAUCUGCACAUGUGCAAUGUUCUGCAUUCUCAAUAGUACAGCAUUUCACCCUUGUGAUAACAAGCGUUUUACUACAAGUUGUGAUUUUUUCAUUCACCAUAGAAGAUUUUUUUUUUUUUUAAAGUGGGGUGUGAGGAAAGGGAAUAGCUCUUAUCCAACCUGAGCUGAGGGGCUGGGGGGGAGGGAGUUAGGAACAGCACCAGCUGUGAAUAACUUAGGAAAUAAGGAAACUAACCCACAUCCUCCUUCUCUCCAUUUCCGUUCUUGCAGCUGGAAAGUUACAGUUAGUUCAUAAUGAGCUACCAACCCAUUUAGAUGAAGCAACAGUUCAUGCUUCUCUCCAAACUAUUGCUUCAGAGCGCUCAUGGACUAAAACACAGACUCUGCCUUGGUUUACAUUUGGGUCACAUUCUGAAGAUGAUCAUUGCAAGCAUACGAUCUAAAGACUUUAAAAAAAAGUAUAGUUAAAGUACAAAAUAGCAACUACCAGAAAAAUACCUGGGCCCAGAUCCUCCAAGGUAUUUUGGAGUCAAACACCAAUUGAUUUCAAUGGGAGUCAAGCACCUAAGUAACUUUGAGGGUCUGGGCUCUGGUCACUGUCCUGGUGGAUCUCAGCCCAAUCUAACCACUGCUUGUAAGAAGAAGAAAAAGGAAAUAAACAGAAUUAUAUGCAACAGAUUGUUAGUAAAUGCCCUAAAUUAUUUAGAGCUUGGAUACCUCAGAGAAGAGAAUGACAGUGAAGGUCAGUUGAGGGGCUUGAGCCCUCUGCCUUAAUUGUGAGAGGGUCUCAGAAUGGAACUUGCUUACCCUGUUGGUCUACCAGAGCCAGAUUUACAAAUGGACUUAGGCACCUAACUGCCACUUUAGGCCCCUAAAUCAACAUUUAGAUGCAACUGGCAUUCACAGAACACCUGCUUGGCUGCUGCCUCACCUUGUGUAAACUAACUCCAUGACUAAAUUUUCACUGUAAAAGUUCCUUAGGCACCUAUGUGUCUGCCUCUGGGCAUGCACACUGCUGCCUCACAUUGGUUGUCCACAUGCCAAAGGCGCAGUGCAACAAUCCAGGGGAAGCUAGGCAUUCCUCCGCCUACCCCACCUGCAGCGCCUGAGCUGGUAGGUGUGGUCAGGGUAUUGCUACCGGAUUGGGGCCCAUUCAGAAUCUAUGAGAAGGAAGUGCCCAUUUUAUAACUUUUAUCCCAGUGGCUAGAGAACUUACCCAAGCUGUGGGAGAUCCGGAUUCAAUCCCCCUCCUCUGCUGUGACACACACAUUGCAAUUGUAUGCAAUAGCUGUGGGAACCAUUUGGUGGUAAAUAUAUGAAUGGUUUACGUAACACUGUGGGCUGGGGAUUCUAUGUCACUUCAGGGGAAGGGUUGCUACAGUUCCACCAGGAACUAGAAACAGUGUGGGGGUAAUUAAAAUGAAUCACCUCCAGAGAGGUACCACUCCCUGGGGAGGUUGGCCUAUACCAGUUCAAGCUGGGUUUUCCAGAGACCCACAGACAAAGAAUAAACAGUCUGGGUUUAGAUUAAUUUGGAGCCUUUUUUGUGACCCAGCAAAUGGACAGGAUCUUUUGUCCAAGUUGGGAUGACAGGGGAGGGGGUAUGUGAGGGGCAAACCUUGCAGAAGGGUUGGAAAGACGUUGGCCUACUAGGACUCCAUAAGAUGGAUGGGUCACUACUGGUAAAUAUGGCUACCAUGCCCCACAACCUGCUCUUCCUACUCCUCUUGAUUCAACCUGAGUUUGGUCUCUCCACUCAUCAUCAAUGGGUUUCUAAGGACCUACCUUGUAAAAUAAAAGCAAAACAGAAUAGCUCCUCGAUUCUCCUUGAUUGUAGUAAACAAAAGCUGACAGCAGUCCCUCAGGAAAUAUAUACAAAUGUUACUGGCUUGAUAUUGUCUUUCAACUGGAUUGAAGAGAUUUCUAAAGAGGAUUUUCAGAACUUUAAGGACCUUACAUUUUUUAAAUUAAACUGGAAUUGGCACGUUAAGCCAAAAGAAUCUAAUUUUGAUUUGUCUCCAAAGCCUUUAAAAAUACUAGAUGCAACUUUUUCAAACUUAAGACACUUAAAGGAAUUACAUCUUAAUGGCAAUCAGCUAACCAGAGUGCCUGCAGGGAUUUCACCUAGCAUUACUUCACUAAGUCUAAAGUCCAAUAAGAUUAUUACUAUUAGCAAGAACACCUUCAAAGAACUCACAAAAUUGAAGGAACUCUAUAUGGACCAGAACUGUUACUAUGGUAAUGCCUGUGAAAAACUUUUCAACAUGGAAGAAGGGGCUUUUUCAGUCCUCACCAGUUUGACUGUGCUGUCACUUUCCUACAACAACUUGACCCGGGUGCCACCCAAACUGCCAGUGUCACUACAAGAACUUUAUUUGAGUCAUAACAAGAUAAAGAACAUCAGUCAAGAUGAUUUUAAGAAACUAGUUCAUCUAGAAGUUCUUGAUUUAAGUGGGAACUGUCCAAAAUGCUUCAAUACGCCUUUUCCUUGUGAACCCUGCUCUGGAAACUCUGCCAUUCAAAUACAUCUUCUGGCAUUCCAGAAUCUUAAAAAAUUAAAGACUUUGGUUCUAUCCAGCACAUCACUCACUAGUGUACCCGCUAUUUGGUUUCAAAACAUGCCAGAGCUAGAGGUGCUGCACCUUGCAUCUAACUUCUUAAUGAGCGAAAUAGCUACUGGAGAAUUCUUACAGAAUUUAUCUUCUUUAGAGGAACUUGAUCUAUCUUUCAACUACCAGAAACAAAUAUACUCACGAUAUCUAACCCUCUCACCAUACUUUUCUUCUCUAGUAUCUCUAAAACGAUUAUAUAUUAAAGGUUAUGUCUUCAAAGAAUUAGAUAAACUGCACUUGGAACCUUUGUUUGCUCUGAGAAAGCUAAAUGUCCUUGAUCUUGGGAUAAAUUUUAUUAAAAGAGUUGAUAUGUCUGUCUUCCAGGCUUUUAGGAACCUCACAGAAAUAUACUUGAAAGAAAACAAAAUAUUCCCACAAACAACAGAAAAGCGUGGUUUUUUAAAAUCAUUUAACAAAGAGGACUAUUUGAUCAAUCAUCAUCGGACCUUGGUGUGGAAACACAAGUUGAACCCUUCUGUCAUAUAUUCUGAUAAAAAAAAGCAAUCACAUUACUUCCUUGAACAGCUUUGUACCUCAUAUGGUACAGCCUUGGAUUUGAGUUUAAACAAUAUCUUCUUCAUUAACCCAAAUCAGUUUAAAGGCGUUGGGGAUAUAGCUUGUUUGAAUUUGUCUUCAAAUGCCCUUGGCCAGGCUUUCAAUGGCACUGAAUUAAUCUAUUUACCUAAACUCAGAUAUUUAGAUCUCUCAUUUAAUAAACUGGAUUUGACCAGUUACUCUGCAUUUAAAGAACUACCUAACCUAGAGGUAUUAGACCUUAGCUAUAACAAGCACUAUUUUCUAGUGACAGGUUUUUCACAUCAGCUACUAUUUACUGAAAACCUUCCUAAAUUAAAAAUUUUAAACUUAAGCUGGAAUGACAUUUCUGCACUAACAAAAUUUGAACUAAGGAGUGACUCCCUUCAAAAACUAGACUUCAAAGGAAACCAUCUUGAUAUCUUAUGGAAAAAUGGAGAAACGAAUCACAUACAAUUGUUUAAGCAUCUAAAAAAGCUGACACAUCUUGACAUCUCAUACAACAGACUUCGAAAUAUCCCCACUAAGGCUUUCCAAAAUCUGCCUCAGAGCUUAACUAUAUUGUAUAUAAAUAACAACAAACUACAUACCCUCAGCUGGGAAAAUCUUAGAUAUUUUAAAUCUCUGGAGUUGCUUGACUUAAGUCAGAACAAACUGAAGGCCGUUGAUAUCCAGUACAACUACACACAGUCACUCCAGACUCUCCUGCUGAGGGAGAACAAGAUUUCCAGGAUUGUCGUUGGGUUGCCUGAGAGAGUCAGCAGCCUCCUCUACCUGGAUUUGAGUUACAACCAACUGCAAGUCUUAAAUCAGUCAACUUUCUUAUCAGGACUUAUACAACAUUUGACGAUUUUAAAAUUAAAAGGGAACCCGUUUGACUGCACCUGCAAAAACAGCAACUUCAUAAGGUGGAUUCAGAAAACCAAAACUCCGAUCUCACAAGUAGCAAGAAAUGUCAUUUGCAUGAACCCUGAGGACCAAAGACAGCAUAGCAUUCUCUUGAUUGACCUGCAUGCUUGCAUUCUGGAUAGUGUUGCAGCAAUAUUAUUUUAUAUUUCUUUCUUCACUAUUAUUAGCAUUAUGAUAAUAGCAGUUACUAAACAUUUAUUUUACUGGGAUGUCUGGUAUACUUAUCGUUCUUGUAUGGCAAAAAUAAAAGGAUACAAGAAUAUAGCCAGAGACAAAGCUCUCUAUGAUGCUUACAUAGCCUAUGAUACUCAGGAUGCGACAGUAACUGACUGGGUAAUAAAUGAGCUACGAUUUCGACUAGAAGAAAACGAAGACAAGCAUGUUCUGCUUUGUUUGGAGGAAAGGGACUGGGAGCCGGGAAAGGCUGUCAUUGACAACCUUGCACAGAGCAUCCAUCACAGCAGAAAGACAAUAUUUGUUCUAACUGAAAGAUAUGUGAAAAACGGGAACUUUAAAACUGCUUUUUAUAUCGCUCUGCAGAGACUAAUGGAUGAGAAUACAGAUGUGAUUGUGUUUAUUCUACUGGAGCCGGUGCUACAGCAUUCCCAGUACCUGAGGCUGAGAAGGAGGAUCUGCAAGAGCUCUGUUCUUGACUGGCCUAAGAAUCCACACGCUGAAGGCCUUUUCUGGCAAAGACUAAAAAGUGCAGUGCUAACUGAUAACAGCAUUCGAGAUGAUGGGGUGUACAGUAUAUAGAAAGGGAUUACAACAGCUAGCUUUAGUUCUCAAAAAAUAACUUGUGAUUUUCAGUGUCUCAGUAUUUGGGUGCCAAAUUUUAAAUGCAUUAAAAAGAGUCCUAAUUUGGGGAGGAGGGUUGUUCAGCACUUUCUGAAAAUCAGGCUGCUCUACGUUAUCUCUUGCUGGACAACCAACAUCACUGGUCACCUUUGAAAACUUUGGGUGGUUUUCUUAAAGUUUUAUGGGGUGUACUCUAUGGUAAGUACUUACAGUUUAAUGUACCUGUUACACUGCUAUAUUGUACUGAAGAGAGUCUGCUUUACCAGGUUAAAGUAAAAUAGCUAAUAUAAAAUCAUAGAGACAGAAUUAAUAACAUACACAAACUUGCUGCAUAUAAACAGUAUUUUUUUCUUUCUG